AUGCAGCCGCUGCAGCAGCAACAACAGCAGCAGCAGCAGCAAAAGGAGCAGCAGCAACAGCAAUUGUCUCCCCCGCGAAUUUUUCCAGCUGCUCCGAAGCACCAACUCCCCCCUGUUGCUGCUGCUGCAGCAGCAGCAUCAGCAGCAACAGCAGCAGCAGCAGCAGCAGCACCGCCAAAUAAGCUGCAAGGGCCUACAGAUUUUCCUUCGCUAAGGAAGACACAAGAAGGAGACAAUCGUAAGAAAAAGGAGACACAUAAAAGGAGACAGCAGCUGUAUAACUGCAGCAGCAGCACAGUAGCAGCAGCAGCACGAAACCAGCACAACAGCAGUACAGCAGCAAAACACUGUACAGUAGAACAGCAACAGCAGCAGCAGCAGCAGCAGCAGCAAGUUGCGUCUUUGCUGCCUUGUGUCUCUGCAUGCACAGGCUUAUUAGCAGCAAGACAGCGAAGUCUCCAUAAGGUGUCUCCUUUUAGCAGCAGCAGCGAGGUCCCUUCUUUAUGCGCCACGUUGCUGUCUCCUUUUGCUGCUGCUGCUGCUGCUGCUGCUGCUGCUCCUGAUAGUGGAUCUGCUGCUGACUCUCCAACAGCAACACAGGGCCCUUAUGAGCCCCCACAUACCCCGCCAGAUGCAGCAGCAGCAGCAGCAGCAUGGCCAGCAACCGGAGGAGCAGCAGGAACAACAGCAGCAGCAGUAGCAGCAGGAACAGCAGCAGGAUUAAUUGGCUGCUGUCUCCCUGUUGCUUCUUCUGCUGCUGCGUAUAAACCACAAGGAGACAGCGGCAAUGUUAUAGAUGAGGAAAGUGUCUCUAAACUGCAGCACAGCUGCUGCCCGUCAGCAGAAAAUCUGCUGCUGCCUCCCUCCCAACAGCAGCAACAGCAGCAACAGCAGCAGCAGCUGGAGCAGCAGCAGCAGGUUCCAGCAGCAGAUGUAGAGGAGACACCUGAUGUCUUCCCUUCUUAUGAUUGGGGGUUCUGCAGUCUCCAUUCCCUUGGUCCUCCUCUUAGUCCCUUUUGCUGCUCAGACAGCAGCAGCAACAGCAACAGCAGCUACAGCAGCAGCAACGGCAACAGCAGCAGCAACAGCAGCAGUAACAGCAGCAGCAACUGCUGCAGCCGUUGUCUGCCUGCGUCUGGAUCUGCCGACGUACAGAGUAACAGCAGUUGCAGUUGCAGCAACAACAGCAGCAACAACAACAGCAGCAACAGCAGCAGCAGCAGCAGCAGCAGCAGCAAUGGCGGGUGUACCUACACCUCAGGUACGGGGUUAGAGGCAGGAGAAUUAGCAGCAUUAAGAAGUGCUGCUCAAUCCCCGAUUUGCUGCUGCAUGCGUUCUCCUGCUGCUGCACUGCGGCGUCUCUGCUGCGCCUUUUUCAAAGAAGGUGACAGCAGCAGCAGCAGCAGCAGCAGCAACAGCAGAAGCAGCAAUGGCAAUGGCCCCACAGGAUGCCCAUCUAGUCCUGCAGGGGUUGCAGCAGCAGCAGCAGCAGCUGCUGCUGCUGCAUCUAACAUGAGUGCGCCGGAGCUGCUGCUUGCAUGCAGCGACGACGAGGUAUCUAUACCGGAGGCAGCAGCAGCUGCUGCAGCAGCCGAAGCAGCAGCAGCCGAAGCAGCAGCAGCCGAAGCAGCAGCAGCAGAAGCAGCAGCAGCAGCAGCAGAAGCAGAUGCAUGCGAAGGUGUAGGGCCCUGUCUUGGCCCUACAGCUGUACUAGGGAGGCAGCAGCAGCAGCAGCAGCGGCUGGAUACGGGAUCGUUAUACGGGAGACGAUCUGUGGGGUGUCUGCUCUCGGGUGUAUCCGCAGGUUGUUUGUCUCCUUUUGUCCCUUCUUGUCUCUCUGCUGCUUAUCGUCUAGGUCCUCGUCAUUCUUCUACCUUCUUGCUGCAGCAGCAGCAGCAGCAACUGCAGCAACUCCAUCUACACCAGCAGCUGCAGCACCAUACACGUACUAUCUCCUCUACUAGGUGUCUCUCUAUGCAUGAGGGGCCCCUAGGGGGCCCCUGCUUCCCUGUACCCCCCAGGUGUCUCUUCAGGGGCCCCCCGUCCUUUUCCCGCUGCAGUUGCUGCCUAACUCGUGGGGACUAUGAUAGACAAAGAAGUAUUAAUAAAGGAGACGCAGGAGACACAAUUAAAGGAACUGCAGCAGCAGCAGCAGCAGCAGCAGCAGCAGCUGAUGAAGUGCCACCCUUCACGUGCUGCAGACGUCUACUCGCUAGACAAACUUGCCGCUGCUUCUCCCGCUGCAGGAGACACUCUAGGCUAGUUGCAGCAGCAGCAGGGGGAGGAGACAGCAGAGACAGGAAGCAUGCAGCAGCAGGAGACACUUUAGGCAUCCGCUGCAACUGCAAGUGUUUAGCAAAUGCAUGUGCUUCUUCUUGUGCAGCAGCAGCAGCAAAUCCUCAUCAGCAUGGUCCCCCAGCAGCAGCCGCAGCAGGAGGUAACCAACAGGCCUCACCACCGCCGCCGCAGCUAAGCAGCAAUGACAUGCACAAUGCAUGCAAGGGCCCUAACGGGUUAGGGGGGUCUCCUUUGCUGCUCCCCGCCACUAGCAGCAGCAGCAGCAGCAGCAGCAGCAGCAGCAACAGCAUCAGCAGCAACAACAUCUGCAGCAACAGGAGAGGGGGCCCCGAAGGGCCCCCAGAAAUAUGGGUACAGAGGUGCCCUCAUCGCUCUUAUAUAUCUAAUUCGUCUCCUGAUUUAAGUUGUUGCUGCUUAACAGAGUCAGGCGCAUGCAGCAGCAGCAGCAGCAACAGCAACAACAGCACCAAGGGGUCUUCUACCCACGGGGAGUGUAUAGGCAGGGGCCCCCCCUUGAUGGGGGGCCCCCAGCAGUCCCCUGUGUCUCCUUUUGCCCCCUUUUCUGUCAACUGUCUCCACAGCAGCAGCAAACACUGCAGCAAACAGGAGCCUAAUGAUGCUAUGCAGGAAGCAGCAGCAGCAGCAGCAGCAGCAGCAGGCAAUAACCACACGCAUGCAGCCGCAGCAGCAGCAACAGACACCAACCACCCAGAACGAGGACUGCACGGACAACAAUUGCAGCAGCAGCAGCAGCAGCAGCAGCAACUGCAGCACCACCACAAUGGCACCCAGAUACAAAUGUGUGCAUGCCACACAAUCCUAGGGGGCAGCUGCUGCUGCAGGAGGCAGCAGCGUGUACCCUGGAGCAGCAGCAGCAGCAACAGCAGCAGCAGCAGCAACAUGGAUACGCAGCAGAGGGAGGAGGGGGGCCCCCACGGAGCUAAUCAGUACCCUAUAAACCUACCAACAGGAUGGAGAGCAGCAACAGCAGCAGCAGCAGCAGCAGCAGGAAGGAGUUGGAGCUGCUGUAAAACGUGUCUCUGCGCUGCUGCUCCUUAUAGAGACAACCGCGAUGUCUCCUUCUUAGCUCCUUCCUCUACUGCGCAGCUGCUGCAGCUAGAUGCAUCGAGUCCGCCUCUUGGUGCUACUGCUGCUGCUGCUGCACCGCAGCAGGUAGAAGGAUUUCUUGGGGCUGCAUGCGCCUUAAAAGGAGCAGAAAGCAGCCAAGGGAGCAACACACCAACAUAUAUCAACUGCAGCAGACCUGCAGCCAACAGCAACACAGCAGCAGCAGCAGCAGCAAAUAUUUUACCUGAUGCCCUUCCUCCCCCUUGGGUGUCUCCUCCUUCAGUCCUUCCUAGUGUCUCCUCUUCAUCCCCACAAGGCGAUGACACUACCGUGGAUGUGCUGCUGUCUGCUGCUGCUGCUGCUGCCGCUGCUGCUGGAACCCCUGCAGCAGGCCUUGGGGGGCCCAGCACCUCAGCACCAGGGGAUGCUACAGCUGCAGCAGGAGCAGCAGCAGGAGCACCAGGGGGAGCAGCUGGAGGUGCAGCAGCAGGAGGGUCUGCAGGAGUAGAGGCAGGACAAGCAGGAGCAGCAGAGUUGCAGCUGCCCACAAAGAUGGAGCUGCAGGAUCUGCUGCAGCAUGAGGAGACAGCAGCAGCAAGGGGACAGGGGGGCCCCCAGUGUCUCCUUUUUAAUGGGGACAGAUACACCCCAAACGGACAGUCUAUGCUGCAUGCAGGCAACCUGCUGCUGCUGCAGCAGCAACAACAACACCAGCAGCAGCAGCAAGGGGAGGGAAGUAUCCCAAAGCCAGGACACCCUAACCCUCUGCUGUACAACUGGGAUUGUGGGCAGCAGCAGCAGCAGCAGCAGCUAGCAGCAGCAGCAGCAGCAGCAGCAUCGAAGCAAGGAGACACAGCAGCAGCUCUCCUUCCAUUUAUAAAGACUGAGCAGAUAUCUCAGGAGACACCUCAGGAGACACAGUCAGCACUCCGUGUCCAGCAGUUCAACAGCAGCAGCAGCAACAACAACAGCAGCAACAGCAGCAGCAGCAGCAAUGGCAAUCAGGGCCUCGAGUUUGCUGCUGAUGCAUUUUCUUGCGGGAAGCAGCAGCUACAGGGAAACCCCUGGGGGGCCCCAGAAGAAGCAACACUUAGUGUGGGGAAAUGGAUUAAAGAGACGCAGCAGCAGCAGCAACAGCAGCAACAGCAGCAGCAGCAGCAGAUGGGAGGCGUUGCUGCUGUCGGGGGACAGCCUGCUGAAUCAGCGCAUUCCCUGCAUGCGAUAGAUAGCAGCAGGGAUCCUAGGGAUGCCACCACCAACUGCAGCAGCAACAGCAGCAGCAACAGCAGCAGCAGCAGCAGCAAUGAAGCUUGUGCUUCUACUUAUGCUGCUCCUUGUCAACAGCAGCAGCAGCAGCAGCAGCAGCGCAUGAAACAGCAACAGCAGCAACAGCAGCAGCAACAGCAGCAGCAGAAUCAAUACCCCCUCUAUUGGUCAAAAGGGAGGCGGGCAGCAGCACGAAUCCUUCUUCUUCUUCUACCUCUCCUAAGCUAA